UGAAAAUAUUUUUGUUUAAAUAAAUAUUUGUAUGUUAGAAUUUGGUUAAUUUAAAAAAUUACCAACACAAAAGUGAGAUUAAAAUGACCGACAAUAUAUUAGUCUAAGUAGUAAGGUUUUACUCUUUAAGAAUGUGAUAAAAGGUUUGAUUCCUUAUGUGUCUAGUGCCGACCCAUAGCUCGUUGAGGUUGGGUUAGACUAUUGAAUCUUGAUAUUUUUGAACUCAUAACAUUUCGAAACAAUACGGAGUGGUCGAGUGGUACGUUGUAACAUUUGUAAGCGUUGGUCCUAGGUUCAAGCCCAAUCAGUUUAGAAUUGUGUUUAAGACAACCAUGCCCUUGUGCCAUGGAAAAUAGUCAUCUAAGUGGCCGUGGAAACUUCGUACCAACAAAGCAAUGUGAAAUGAGAAAAAAGUAGCCAUCUUGAGGCCAUGCAAGUUCUUGUUCACCACACACCAAUUCUUGUGCAGUUGAUGCGUUGUUCUUGUUUCAGUCUAAGGAGUUUCUCUCUCAAACCUCGCUCUCAUUUUCCUCUUCACUACGAAUGCGACGAAUCUCAGCUCCUUCACUACCUAACAAAUGGGUUUCUUCACGAAGCACGAACAAUUCUUCACUCUUUCCCAUCCGGAAACAUCCACUCCCGUGUUGUUCACUGGACUUCCAUGCUCACCAACUAUGCUAAACAUGGUUACGUUGAACAAGCACGAAACUUGUUUGAUAUAAUGCCUCAUAGAAACAUUGUCACUUACAAUGCAAUGUUGUCCGCAUAUCUUCAAUCUGGUAUGACCCGUCAAGCGAAACGGUUUUUUGAUGAUAUGCCGGAGAGAAAUGUUGUGUCUUGGACUGCAAUGCUGAGUGGGUAUGCUGGUUUGGGGUGGAUUGAUGAUGCGAGGAAGGUGUUUGAUGAAAUGCCUGAGAGGAAUGUUGUUUCGUGGAACUCGAUGGUGGUGGGUUUGAUUAGGAAUGGUGAUUUGGAGGAAGCGAGAAAGGUUUUUGAUGAUACCCCUGAUAAAAAUGUGGUGUCUUGGAAUGCUAUGAUUGAGGGUUAUGUUGAAAAUGGUAGAAUGGAUGACGCGAAGGAUUUGUUUGAUCAAAUAGAGUGUAGGAAUGUGAUUACUUGGACUAGCAUGAUAUCUGGGUAUUGUCGUGUGGGUGAUGUGAAUGAGGCUUUUCGUUUGUUUCAAAUUAUGCCGGAGAAAAAUGUUGUUUCUUGGACUGCAAUGAUUGGUGGGUUUGCUUGGAAUGGAUUCUAUCGAGAGGCAUUGUUACUUUUUCUUGAUAUGAUGACACUUUCUGAUGCUAAGCCUAAUGAAGAGACCUUUGUUUCUCUUGUAUAUGCAUGUGCUGGUAUGGGGUUUCCUUGUCUUGGCAAGCAAUUGCAUGCUCAGAUGAUUCUUAAUAGAUGGAAGCUUGAUGAUUAUGAUUGUAGGUUAGGGAGAAGUCUUGUUAGGAUGUACUCUGUGUGUGGUCUUAUGGACUCAGCACGCAGUGUCUUCGAAGGUGAUAUGAAAAAUUGCGAUGAUCAGUCUUUCAAUUCUAUGAUAAAUGGUUAUGUUCAGGCUGGUCAAUUACAUAAGGCUCAAGAGUUGUUUGACACGGUCCCUAUUCGAAACAAAAUUGCUUGGACUUGCAUGAUUUCUGGAUAUCUUAGUGCUGGACAAGUAUUAAAGGCAAGCAAUCUCUUUGAUGACAUGCCUGAUAGUGAUAAGGAUUCCAUUGCAUGGACUUUAAUGAUUUAUGGGUAUGUCCAAAAUGAGCUAAUUGCUGAAGCCAUCAACUUAUUUGCUGAGAUGAUGGCUCAAGGUGCUUCUCCUAUAAAUUCUACUUAUGCUGUUCUUUUUGGAGCCGUGGGUUCUGUUGCAUAUCUUGAUCUAGGGUGGCAAUUGCAUGCUAUGCAGCUAAAGACUAUUUAUGAAUAUGAAUAUGACGUGUAUCUUGAAAACUCUCUGAUUUCAAUGUAUGCAAAAUGUGGGGAGAUAGAGGAUGCAUAUAGGAUAUUCUCAAACAUGAAUUGUCGAGACAAAAUUUCGUGGAACUCCAUGAUCAUGGGCCUUUCAGAUCAUGGUAGGGCCAAUGAAGCUUUGAAUAUGUAUGAAACCAUGCUUGAAUUUGGAGUUUACCCAGAUGCUGUUACUUUCCUUGGUGUCCUAACAGCAUGUGCUCAUGCUGGUUUUGUUGAUAAAGGGUGCGAGUUAUUUAGUGUUAUGCUCAAUGAUUAUGCACUUCAACCUGGUUUGGAACAUUAUGUAAGCAUUAUCAAUAUUCUGGGCCGGGCAGGAAGAGUGAAGGAUGCAGAGGAGUUUGUGUUGAGGCUACCUGUUGAACCAAAUCAUACCAUUUGGGGAGCAUUGAUUGGAGUAUGUGGUUUGAGUAAAACAGAUGCAGAUAUUGCUAGACGUGCAGCCACACGAUUACUUGAGUUGGAUCCUCUGAAUGCACCAGGUCAUGUGACCCUUUGCAACAUAUACGCUGCAAAUGAUAGGCACCUUGAGGAGACAAGUUUAAGAAGAGAAAUGAGGAUGAAAGGUGUGAGGAAGGCACCUGGUUGUAGUUGGAUAUUAGUGAAGGGUAAAGUUCAUGCUUUCUCAUCUGGAGAUAGAUUAGAUCCACUAGCAGAAGAAAUGUUGCUACAAAGUUGAGGAAGAAAACAAUAUUUUUAGCCCAACACUUGUACAUAAAGGGGCUUUUUUGACACAAAUAUAUCACUGUUAGAUGAUAACUGACGAGGCAACAUCUUUGUUAUUUCACUAAGAAUUUCCUCGUUACUGCUAUUAUCAGAAAUUUGGGCUGAAAAUCUUUAAACCUUCACAAAAAGUUGUUGUUUAGGGAAAAACUAGACGAUUCUCGAAUUCUUUUUUUUUUUUUUUUGAA